AUGGGAAAAGAGGAUUCGAAAGAAAACAUCCAUGAAAUCUGUGGUUAUUCUGGUGAGAACACCAUGUGGGGAUCUUCGGCAGAAGAGUGGCCAUGGAAGGGUCUGGAAAGACAGAAGGAAGAACGGGGAAACAAGAAAGCACACUUUACUCAAAACGAGAAGCGCACGGGACCACUGAGAAACUCAAGGGUAGAAAGGGGAAAAGCGUGGAGAUCCACAUGUAGAAGCUGUUUAGGGGCCAGGCCUAGAAGUGGGCAUACCUCUUCUGUCCACGUGGACUUGACGGAAUUCCAGAUCAACCUGGUCCCCUACCAUCGCAUCCACUUCCCCCUGGCCACCUACGCCCCAGUCAUCUCGGCCGAGAAGGCCUACCACGAGCAGCUGUCUGUGGCCGAGAUCACCAAUGCCUGUUUCGAGCCAGCCAACCAGAUGGUCAAGCGUGACCCUCGGCAUGGCAAGUACAUGGCCUGCUGCAUGUUGUACAGGGGGGACGUGGUCCCGAAAGAUGUCAAUGCAGCCGUCGCCACCAUCAAGACCAAGUGCACCAUCCAGUUUGUGGAUUGGUGCCCGACUGGAUUUAAGGUGGGCAUCAACUACCAGCCCCCCACUGUCGUCCCUGAAGGGGACCUGGCCAAGGUGCAGCGGGCCGUGUGCAUGCUGAGCAACACUACCACGAUUGCCGAGGCCUGGGCCCGCCUGGACCAUAAGUUUGACCUCAUGUAUGCAAAGCGAGCCUUUGUGCACUGGUACGUGGGGGAAGGCAUGGAGGAAGGGGAGUUCUCCGAGGCCUGGGAGAACCUGGCAGCUCUGGAGAAAGAUUAUGAAGAGGUGGGUGUGGAUUCCGUGGAAGCAGAGGCUGAAGAAGGGGAAGAAUACUGAAUGAGUGCAUCUGGCAACCAUGCCUUUGUAUCACCCCCAUUAUAACAUUACAUGAUAUAUUUACCUUUUAAAGUUUCUGUAUUGAAAAAA